GGGUCCGGCCGGAAGUCGAUAUUACAAAACCGGAAGUGAGUUCGCAUCAUUAUUAUUUGACACAUUGUGGACAUAUACUGUUUUUCUGCGAUGGAUUCACAGCCUCCACAGAAGCCGUGGGAAAGGCGGAUGCCAGGAGCGAUGAGUGCACCUAUAAACUACAGAUCUUCAAACUUUGCACCAGCUGCAGGCCCCUCCGCCUCUGCAGGCCCUCCUGUCCUGACCCGGAUGGUGCCCCCAGUGCCCCCUCGUCCCGUCCAGCAGUCUUACCGUCCAUCUUACGGCUCUUUCAACUCCUCCUACAGCCCCUAUGGGAGCUCCAUGUAUGGGGCUUACAGCCCCUACAGCUACGGUGGUGGCGGCGGCUACGGUGGUGGCUACGGCAUGGGAGGGUACAACCGCCUCUCCCAGACGGAAGAAGUCGCCCCCAGCCGGUUCGUGCAACAGGCGGAGGAGAGCAGUCGCGGUGCCUUCCAGUCCAUCGAGAGCAUCGUCCAUGCCUUUUCCUCAGUUAGCAUGAUGCUGGACGCCACCUUUUCAGCCGUGUAUAACAGUUUCCGUGCUGUGCUGGACGUAGCCAAUCACCUAACACGGCUGCGUUCCCACUUCACGAGAGUUUUUUCAGCCUUUGCUCUGGUACGCACCUUGCGCUACCUCUACCGACGGUUACAGAGGCUGCUGGGGCGAAGGUCAGACGCUGAGGUUGACGACUUGUGGGCAGACAGUGCAAGUGAUGCCCUGGCUACAAGAGGGGAUGGAGCAGGGGUGGAGGGUCAGCCUGUGAAGUCCUGGCCAAUCUUUCUGUUUUUCGCUGUAGUACUUGGGGGACCCUACCUUAUCUGGAAACUGCUGAGCUCCAGCUCUGACUCUGAAGAAAGCGCCACUAACUGGGCCAGCGGGGAGGACGACCAUGUAGUGGCCAGAGCAGAGUACGACUUUUCAGCGGCAUCUGAGGAGGAGAUUUCUAUGCGGGUUGGAGACAUGCUCAACCUCGCCCCUAAAGAGCAACAGCCCAAGGUGCGUGGCUGGCUGCUGGCCAGCAUGGACGGCCAGACAACAGGACUUGUCCCAGCCAACUAUGUCAAGGUCCUGGGCAAGAGGAGAGGCCUAAAGCACGCAGAGAUGGAGAGGCUCGCUCAGGUCCAGCAAGAGAACACACAGGCCUCCCAGGCGACCCUUGCUGCACACCCACAAUCAAAUCCUGCCCAAGGCUUUACCCCAAACCUCGGUUCAGUUUCCACAGAGGCACUGCUAGAGUCUGUAUAUGGAGAAACACCAGCUUCCUUCAGUCUGGGAAACUCCAGUCUGCCCUCCAGCACGGUGCUAAACAUCCCUGAGAAGACUGACCUGUGAUGUUUGUGCAUGUAUGCAUUUCUCUGUAUGCAAGUCUAUGUGUGUUCCUAACAUUGGUUGACUUAGUCAGAAUUUGUUUGCAGUGUAUAACUCUGAAGCUUGAUUAAUAAUCAGCUGACGGUAGAUAACACCAUAGACCUUCAUUAAGAAUCGCUCUUAAUUAUUAAACUCAUCGAACACAAUCUGCACCUUCUGAUAAGGUUAACGGUCAAUAAUGGUUUCCAUACACAGGUUCACUGUUGUACUGCUUUGUUUAGGACCAGUUUGUCUCAAAUUAGGAGGUUAUCCUUACAUUUCUUGUACAAGAAGACGGUUUUGUGUAUCCUCUAAAUAUGGUACACUGCUGUUCUUAAGAUCAUGUCUGAUUUAAGGUGUAAUAUCUUGAUACUGUUCAAUAACAAGAAUUAGUUCAAUGUUUAAGUUAAUGAAGAGCACUGAUGCAUCAUCUGUAUACUGACAGUGUGAGGACAAAGCCAGGGUAAUUUGUUUGAUAACGCAUGAUGAUGUUAUUUGGUUUUUGCCCUCACUUGUAGGCUGCCUGAUCUGCAUUGUCUUCUUUGUCAAGCAAAUAUGAUUCAAUCAGAAUGAGAAGAGGCUUGUUUUGCAUGUGUUCAGCUGUCAGUUAGUUACAAAAAGUAAUUUUGUAAAUAUUUAAUAUAAUUAUUUUGAAAAUAAAUAUUUUUUAAAAAUCA